AUGGCUCGAGACGGCAUUCUUGCAGACUCGAGCCACGUCCUCCAACUAAUGCAAGUUAGCGGCGACUCGAAAUCGCUUCACGCCGGCGACAGGAUUUACGAGCACGUCGUGAGAUUCUCAUCCGAGUACAAAGUUUCGAUCUUCAAUAAGUUAAUGAGCAUGAAUUUCAAGAUGGGAGACUACAGAAGAGCCGGACGAGUCUUCGAGCAAAUGGUCUCCAAGGAUUUGGAUUCUUGGAACACGUUCGUUUCGGGCUUGGCUGAGAACGGACAAGGGGAGGCCGCCGUUCGAGUUUUCUCGAGACUCGUGGAGGAAAACGGAGAUUCUAUAAAACCGGACGAGAAGACUUUCUUGGGCGUCCUCAAGGCGUGCGAGAGUCUAGGCGCGGUCGAGAAAGGAAAGGCGUAUUUCGAGUCGAUGAGUCGUGAUUACCGCAUUAGUCCCUCAUUGGACCACUAUGAAAUCUACGUUAAUCUCGCGAGGAAUUCAAACGGGUCGAAUGGUGGAGCGAAAAAGGCUGGUUAUGUACACGACACUCGAUAUGUGCUCCAUGAUACUGACCAGGAAGCUAAGGAGAGAGCCUUGCUUUAUCACAGUGAAAGAUUAGCCAUAGCUUAUGGGCUUAUCAGCACAGCUCCUGGUACAACAUUGAGGAUCAUCAAGAAACUCAGGAUUUGUGGGGACUGCCACAAUUUUAUCAAGAUAUUGUCUAGCUUUGAGAAAAGAGAGUUUAUUGUGAGAGAUAAUAAGAGGUUUCAUCAUUUUAAGGAUGGGAAAUGCUCAUUCAACCAUUAG